GGAUUCUCCUCUCCGCUCAUCUUGGCGUCGCAGCUCCUGCUAGGAAGAGCGAGCAAAGUCGCGGGGAGCGUUCCCGGAGGAGGACACCAUGGACCCCCGGGGACCAGGUCCUCAGCCUUUCCAGCGGCCUGAGAAAUCUGGUCGCGUUCGCCGUCGGAAGACCAGGCGAGAGCGUAAUGAGGCCCUGGUGGGCAAUCGCUGGCCACUGGCCCAUCAGGAUCCUCCAGGGGCCAAUAGGAAUCCACCUGUGACUCUUCUGGAUCCAGUGGCCCCUAGUGCCCCCAAGCUUGUUGUCAUAACCCAGGGUCGGUUGAGCCGGGAGCACAGGGGUCUCUUCAGCCAUGAGGUGAAAUCCCUGGAUGUGGCACGACUGCUUAGCAGUGGGUCCCUGGAGCCCAGCACCCUUGUUCUCCCCACUAAGCCCUCCCCAAGUCCAGGCAGGGCCCAAGAACCAGGUCCACAGUCAAGGGGCAAGGAGAACCAGGUGCCUGGAGGCUCUGGCCCAGGCCCACCCAGUCCCCCAGAGUUCCCUGACUUGGGGCAGCUUCUGGGGGAGCUGCAGUGCCAGCUGACUCUGCCACAAGCCUUUCCCAGGAGGAACCUAGUGCAAGAGGCCAGGGAUGCCAUCAUGGGCACCUUGCAGGCCUGCCAUGGCUGUGUACCUGACCUUACCCAGGUGCUCCAGGGCUGCCAGUCACCUUUGCCAGGGACCAAGCCUGGGGGACCUGAGAGGCGAAGGAUGACACCCUCUUGGAUCAACAGUCCUGAGCAGGCACCAGGGGCGGGGAGGCAGAGAAGGCUACAGGGGACAAAAGAGGUCACCUUCACCAUGCCUCACACUUCCAGCACUCCCACUGCGCACAGGGUGAGCCAGGCACCACCAAAAGCUUCCUGGCCACCUUCCUUGCCUUCUCUGCCUUCACCAUCUGGGGCAGCCUGGGGCCCCCCAACAGCUUUUGACCUGCUGAAAAGCAUCUGGCUGGUAGCCACACCACCCCCACCCCGGCCCUGGGUGGUUGGCUUACCACAGCCCCUGCCGCAGCCACCCUCACCCCUGUUGCCCCGAACCUCAGCCCUGGAUUGGAGCCCCAGCCCUCCUGCCCCACUGCCCAGCCUCUCCUGGGUGGUGGCUCAGAGCAGCCCUGAGGCUUGGUCCUUUCCACCCAUGAGACUGUACUAAGGGACUGAGACUGGGCUGAGGGUGGGAAUCCUGAA